ACGAAGGGUGCUAGCUAUAUCUGAUGGAAUUGAACAUAUUGGGAAUCUUCGCUGGGAACUUGCUCUGUGCCUCCUUGCUGCUUGGACUAUCUGUUAUUUUUGCAUUUGGAAAGGAACAAAGUCUACUGGAAAGGUUGUAUACGUAACAGCCACAUUCCCCUAUAUCAUGUUGAUGAUUCUUCUGAUUCGUGGAGUAACAUUACCAGGCGCUUCUGAGGGGAUAAAAUUCUACUUGUACCCUGACCUUUCUCGACUGUCUGACCCACAGGUGUGGGUGGAUGCUGGUACACAGAUAUUUUUCUCUUAUGCGAUCUGCUUGGGGUGCUUGACAGCCCUGGGAAGUUACAACAACUAUAAUAAUAACUGCUACAGAGACUGCAUCAUGCUCUGCUGCUUGAACAGUGGCACAAGCUUUGUUGCUGGUUUUGCUAUCUUUUCAGUUCUUGGAUUUAUGGCUUAUGAACAAGGCGUGCCCAUUGCAGAAGUUGCAGAAUCAGGACCAGGACUUGCAUUCAUUGCUUACCCUAAAGCUGUUACCAUGAUGCCUCUUUCUCCUCUGUGGGCAACUCUGUUCUUCAUGAUGCUCAUAUUCCUUGGAUUAGAUAGUCAGUUCGUGUGUGUUGAAAGCCUUGUGACAGCUGUUGUAGAUAUGUAUCCAAAGAUUUUCCGAAGGGGCUACAGAAGAGAACUGUUGAUUCUCGGCCUUUCCAUUGUAUCAUACUUCAUUGGCCUAAUAAUGUUAACUGAGGGUGGGAUGUACGUCUUUCAGUUAUUUGACUCUUAUGCAGCUAGUGGCAUGUGCCUUCUUUUUGUUGCCAUAUUUGAAUGUGUCUGCAUUGGCUGGGUUUACGGCAGCAAUCGCUUUUAUGAUAACAUUGAAGAUAUGAUUGGGUACAAACCACUGUCAUUGAUUAAAUGGUGCUGGAUGGUCUUAACUCCAGGUAUUUGCGCAGGAAUCUUCAUCUUUUUCCUGGUGAAAUACAAGCCUUUGAAAUACAACAAUAUAUAUAUAUACCCUGACUGGGGCUAUGGCAUAGGGUGGAUGAUGGCGCUCUCUUCCAUGAUCUGUAUCCCUUUGUGGAUUGGCAUUAAGCUGUGGAAGACAGAAGGCACUUUCAUAGAGAAAUUCAGGAAGUUGAUUACACCUAGCUCAGAUCUGAAAAUGAAAGGGAAACUUGGAGGAGCCUACAUGGCCGCAAUAAAUGACUGCGAUGCCAAACUGAAAGGAGAUGGCACCAUUUCAACCAUUACAGAAAAGGAGACACAUUUCUGAAAGAACUAUCUUUUUUGUUUUAUUUUUUUUGUAUAAAUAAAUAAAUAAAUACAUUCACUUAAUUAUAGAGGCUGGCUUGUUUUGCACAAAAUUUUAUUAACCAGUUAAUUUUAAAGUGAAAAUUGUAUACUUGUUUAAAAGUGAUUUUUUUAAAUUACUAUAUAAGUAAUGAUUAUGUAAAAGAAAAAGAAAUAGUAUUAUAUGGUAUGUUAGUGAUGACUUCUUGUAAUAUGGUGAUUUCAGUAAAUGUUUUUUUAGCAGUUAGAGGGACCUGUAUAAUGUGCUGUAAAACUUCUCUGCUUUGAUUUCUGGCAGGUGUAAUGUUGUAUAGAUAUAUGCGUUCUAAUCUGUAAGCAUUUCAGACCAUUUCAGCUUUUAAUGUAUGUAUAUAAAGGGGACCAG